AUGGGCGGCAUCUACGCUAACUCGUCUGUCACUAUCUUAGCAAUCCAGGGCAAUCAUGCUGAUAGUGGCUUACGAGGGUUUCACGGCAUAUCAGAGCCCAGAAACCUACAGCAAGUCGUGCACUAUCUGGAAGACAGGACUAAGAUUCUCCAGUUCCCUGCAGAAGGCCAGUUUCACGACGUGGAGUGUCUCAACCCUAGAUGGUCGACCAGGGCAUGGACAUAUCAGGAGAACAUGUGCUCGCCAAGGAAACUUAUAUUUGAUGGCGACUCACUCCGGUGGGAGUGCAUGGAGAACGUGUGGCGUGAGCAUAUCGAUGGCAAUGUUCAACUGGAUACUCCUUAUCGCGGUGUCGCCGCCUGCCGUUCCAUGCUCCAGGCGUCCAUUCCGGAGUUUUCUGAGUUUCAGAUGGUUUUGAAUGAGUAUAACUGUCGAGAAUUCAGCUACCCAGAAGACGCUACAGAUGCUUUCAGCGGCAUAUCGCACUGUAUCUCUGCAGCGGUUGGUGGUGAGUUGAUUACAGGCCUUCCUUCGGUGUGCUUUGAUGUAUUCCUGCUGUGGAGCCCGCAGACGAGAGUAUCCCGCAGACAGCCCAUAGAUUCCACCCGCGCCGGCUCUCUGCCUAGCUGGAGCUGGGUAGGUUGGUCCGGGGCUAUUUCGAUCAACAUCGGCUCGGCAGCGCACUUUCUCAAAAAGAGUCCUUCGAAAAUCUAUCGAGCUGCAAACUCGCAUAUUCUCACCUCUCUUGUGGAGUGGAAGCGCCACGAGAGACCCGAUAUACCUGGAGUCCCGAUUAACCCUGGUAUAUCGAGACAACGGGCGUUGUGGCUCAAGGACGAGUUAAGCCUCACCUCUGAAUGGAGCAUGCAUGACAUUUGGGAGAGUCCGGAGCUGGAGUGUGAUCUGAAGAAUCUGAACUAUACACCUGCCACGUUUUUUAAGAAUGCCAAGCAUCCCGAAUACGAGUUUCGGUACCCGAUUCCUAUUGCACAGCCGGAGUCCAAGCCGUCGGUUAUCAACCCAUCGUUCAUAUCGUGUUGCACACGCCGAGCUUAUAUGUUAUCCGCGGAGAGAAUUCGAAAAUUCUAUGGAAAGGCGCCGGUAUUCUCAUUGCGCGAUGAAUAUGGGCGGUGGGUCGGUGCCCUGGAGCCUUUAGUGAGGUUUGCUGAAUCUGCUGAUCGUAUGAACAUGCAGGAGGAUGAAUUGGUCGAGGUCGUCGAACUAGCCAGAGGGUGCUGUCCCGACACAACCGCGUCUGAAACUGGAAUAGAGGAGCUUGACCACCCUGAAAGGCGUGGUGGAACUGAUGACGGCUGGUAUCAUUUUCAUUGGGUCAUGUGGAUAGAAUGGGAAGAAGAAGUAGCCUAUCGCAAGGGAAUUGGUCGCAUCUGCUCGACCGUAUGGGAGACGCAAAGCAAGGAACAUAUUAACUUGAUGUUAGGAUAG